CCUUCUUCCUUCUCAUCCACCUUCCCGUUUAUACCUCCUCCAUCGAGAUGGUCACCGUGAACGGAGACUCCGCUGGAUCCGGAGCCUCCUCCGGCAUCGUCGUGAGCUUCGGCGAGAUGCUCAUCGACUUCGUGCCCACCGUGGCCGGCGUCUCGCUCGCGGAGGCCCCGGGCUUCCUGAAGGCUCCCGGCGGUGCGCCCGCCAACGUCGCCAUCGCGGUGGCCCGCCUCGGCGGUCACUGCGCCUUCGUAGGGAAGCUCGGAGACGACGAGUUCGGCCGCAUGCUGGUGGCCAUCCUCCGCGAAAACGGCGUCGACUACAGCGGCGUCACACUCGAUUCCGGCGCCCGUACCGCGCUGGCCUUCGUCACCCUCCGCGCCGACGGUGAGCGUGAGUUCAUGUUCUACCGAAACCCUAGCGCCGACAUGCUGCUCACGGAGGCCGAGUUGAACCUAGAUCUCAUUAGAAAGGCCGCAGUCUUUCACUACGGAUCUAUUAGUUUGAUCACGGAACCAUGUAGAUCGGCUCACCUGAAGGCGAUGGAGGUGGCAAAGCAAGCGGGGGCUCUGCUCUCCUACGACCCCAAUCUCCGGCUCCCGCUGUGGCCGUCUGCGAGGGAGGCCCGGGAGAAGAUCCUGAGCAUCUGGGAUCAGGCCGAUAUCAUCAAGGUGAGCGACGUGGAACUCGAGUUUCUCACCGGCGAAGACUCCGUCGAAGACGAGGUCGCCAUGAAGCUGUGGCGCCCAAACCUGACUCUGCUUCUGGUCACUCUGGGGGAAAAGGGUUGCAAGUACUACACCAAGGAUUUCCAUGGAAGUGUGGAAUCUUUCUUCGUCAAACAGGUCGACACCACCGGUGCCGGCGAUGCCUUCGUCGGUGCAUUGCUCGGAAAGAUCAUCGAAGACCGAUCAGCUUUGCAGGAUGAGGAGAAGUUAAAGGAGCUGCUGCGAUUUGCCAAUGCAUGCGGGGCAAUCACCACCACCAAGAAGGGAGCCAUCCCUGCGUUGCCAAAUCUUGCAGAAGUCUUGCAACUCAUUGAAUGAGCAUAAUAAUUACCAGGACUAGAACAGAGUUGAUUGUUCCCAAUCUCUUCUGAUCUGAAUAUAUAUGAAAGAUAUGGAAUAAUAAGAAUAAAAGUUAGAUGUCCAGGCCAUAAAAAAGAGAGGAUCCCGAGUAACCACAGCUUAGUAUUCGAACUCCUAGAAUCUUUGGCCCGUAAACUAAUAUAUACUUGUGCAAUGAGUUUCUAAAUGCCUUUUCAAAGUA